AUGAGCUGUUCUCUUGCUGCUACAGUUUUCAGAGAGAUGAGCUGCCCUGAGGAUGCUGUGGUCUGUGGGGUGAAUAUGUCCUGGCUUUUAGCUAAUGCCACUGAAGAAGAUGUGAAAGAAAUAUGUCUGAGCGAGAAGGAGUACCUCACCAUGCACCUGGGUCCUCCGACGUCACCCAUGUUUCUUCCUGUGUGUGCCACCUACCUUGUUAUUUUUAUGGUGGGGGUCCUGGGUAAUUCCCUGACCUGUGUGGUCAUUUUGUGCUACAAGGUGAUGCAGACUCCCACCAACUACUACCUGCUUAGCCUGGCUGUGUCUGACCUGCUGGUGCUGCUGCUGGGCAUGCCACUAGAGCUUUAUGAGCUGCAUCAGAACUACCCCUUCCUGCUUGGGAAGGGAGGGUGUUACUUCAAAAUCUUUCUGUUUGAGACUGUCUGCUUUGCCUCCAUCCUUAAUGUGACGGCACUCAGCGUGGAACGGUACAUUGCGGUGGUGCACCCAUUUACAGUCAAACACGUGGCGACACGUGCUCAUGUUAAAAGAGUCAUCGUCAUGCUAUGGGUGCUGUCCAUGCUGUGCGCUGUGCCGAACACCAGUCUGCACGGGAUUGUGGUGUUGCCUCCGAAGUUUGGACGAGAAUUUCCCAGUUCUGCUAUCUGUCAUGUGGUCAAGCCCACCUGGAUGUACAACCUGAUCAUCCUGAUCUCUACGUUGGUCUUCUUUGUGCUCCCCAUGUUGAUCAUCAGCAUUCUCUACUUAUGCAUUGGCCUGCAGCUGCAAAGAGAGAAGAUGGUGACUGUCGUGGAAAGUAAUUGUAGCUUUGGUCCUGACAGCAUCUCCAAGUCCCACAAGCAGAGGCUGAGCAAACGCAACCUGCAAGUUACCAAAAUGCUCUGUGUGUUGGUGGUUGUUUUUGGUAUUUGUUGGGCCCCCUUCCAUGUGGACCGCUUGGUGUGGAGCUACAUCGACAUGUCAUCUGUGCAGCACCUGAAGACUUUCACGAACGUUCACAUCAUAUCUGGAGUUUUCUUCUACCUGAGCUCUGCUGUCAACCCAAUCCUCUACAACCUGAUGUCUACCAGGUUCAGAGAAAUGUUCAGUCACAUCACGUGCUAUUCAAAAGGCUGGCAAGCACAUUCAAGCUUUCAGAUGACUCCACGCAGCACACUGAAUGAGGAAAUGCACAGCAGUGACACACUGACUUAA